AUGGCUGUUAAGAUUGCCACACCUCUGCGGGCUUUAAACCCACAGCGCUUUGCACGGACCGUCGGCAGGCGACUGUACAGCAGCCAGGGCCUAACUGUGGCCGUCUUAUUCCAAGACAUUGACCCUCCAGUCAUUAACAGGGUUCGUAAACCUCGUAAACCAGGUGGCUAUCAAGACUCAGGAGCAGAUAUUGCCUACACACUGAGGUCAAAGGGUAUCAACAUCACUACCCUGGACCCCUCACCACAAGUGUCCAAGCACGAAGGCUGGUGCUACCCGGAUACAGAGGAAGGCAUUGUCUCCGCCGUCGAUAACGGCGCCACUCAUUUGUGGGCCAAUACAAUCCUAUUUGAUUCGCACCCGCUACAGCGAUCUGACAAACUAACGUCCUAUGCCUCGGACCUAUAUGUCGUGGGUCAGCCGCCGGGCCUGGUAGAAAACUGCGACGAUAAGGCAUUCCUGAACGAUAAACUUCGCUCAUUAGGCGGCUACACUCUGCCACACUCAUGGCUAGUGACAGAUUCUGAUAACCUCGACGAGUUUGUCGGCUCGAUCAAAGGCUUCCCUGUCGUGGGCAAACCUGUUCGCGGACGCGGAAGCCAUGGCGUAAAGCUAUGCCAUACCCCCGUCCAGCUUAAGCAACAUAUUGAGGCCCUUCUUGGAGAGUCGCCUCUCAUAAUGGUGGAAGAGUACCUAGCGGGCGAGGAGGCUACCAUCACAGUUAUGCCGCCAUCGCCGGAACGGCCUGAGCACUGGAGUAUGCUGCCUGUGACGAGAUUUAACCAUGCGGAUGGCAUUGCUCCAUACAAUGGGUCUGUCGCGGUAACGGCCAACUCCCGAGUUGUGACAAACGAUGAAAUGAAAGAUCCAGCGUAUGGAAAGGUGAUGGAAGAAUGUCAAGACGUCGCCAAGCUCAUUGGAGCAACAGCGCCGAUUCGAAUUGACGUGCGACGUUUCCGGGAGGGCUCGGAGUUUGCGCUUUUUGAUAUUAACAUGAAGCCGAAUAUGACUGGCCCUGGCCGUCCCGGCCGCGAGGAUCAGGCCAGCUUGACUGCUAUGGCAGCGGCUGCCAUCGGUUGGGACUAUGGAACCCUCCUGCAGAAGAUUUUGGCCAGUGCACAGCGUUUAAGUGCUUUCCGUGAUUAUCGUAGUCCAUUCUAA